AUGCACUCAGUUUAAGCCCUUCCUGGAUAAACUCCAAGCGUUAUCCUUCAUCUCACUCAUAAUUUAACUAUCAAUAGAAUUCCAGAAAUAAGAUUCGAUCUUAGUAUUACCAUUAAAUAGCUUAAGGAAUAGAUUGAAAAGAGAUAUGGUUCAUCUUCAGAUUAGAUGGAGCUCAUUUUGUAAGACACAAAUGGUAAUAAUGUUAGUAACUUAUCAGACGACACCAAGUAAUUAGGGUUCUAUUACCCCUAAGAUAACUACAUCAUUCACGUUAUCGAUAAUAAUCCCAACUCUAUUUUGAAAGAUAUCGAUGAUGUUUCUAAAGUUAAUAAAUACACUAUGUCAGAAGAAGAUUAUGAUAAAUUACAAGAUAAUUUCAGAAAGUUCAAAAAGCAAUUACUUGAAAACAAUCCCGAAUUAGCUGCAAAGUAGAAUAAUCCAGUCAUUAUCACUGAAGAAGAUUAUUUAAAGGAAGAAGCAGAAUAAAUGAAAAAAGGAGAUAGAUGCUAAUUAAAAGAAAAAAAACACAGAGGUACAGUAGAAUAUGUAGGAAAAAUACCAAAUCUUGGCUAAGGUUACUACAUCGGCAUUAAAUUAGAUGAACCCUAUGGAAAACAUAAUGGAUCUGUUGGUCCUGUCUAAUAUUUUGAAUGCCCUGAUAAAUAUGGUAUUUUUGUAAGACCUGAUAAAGUGGAAGUUGGUGAUUUCCCUGAAUAUGAUUUAGAUGAUUUAGUUGAAGAUGAUGAAGUUUGA